CCCUGUGCCUCCCCCUCCUUUCCCUUUCUUUCUUUCUUCCUCCUCCUCCUCCGCUCCUUCCCUUCUUUCCUUCCUUCCGCCCCUCCUUCUUUCCUUCCUCCUCUUCGGCGCGGGACUCCGGGAUCCUGGUGGGUGGCUUCGGACGAGGAGGAAGAGGAGGAGGAAGAAGAAGAAAGGGGACUCCCAAAGAGGAAGGAAAAGAGGAAGAAGAGGAAGCGUGUGGUGCCUUCUUCCCCUCCGGGAUCGGGGCCGGGGACAACGGGGAGCCCCCUCGGAGGGGCCCGGUAGGAUGCCUGUGGAUCUGAUCGGGAAGGAGGAAGAGGAAGGAGAGGAGGAAGGGGAAGAAGAAGAAGAAGAAGAAGAGGAGGAAGAGCCCCCGGGACCCCGAGGAAGAAGAGGAGGAGGAGGAGGAAGAGGGGGAGGGGGGCGCUGAGACUCCUGCCUGCCUUGCCUUGCCUUGCCUUCCCCCACCGCCUUUGUCCCGCCGCCCAGGCUCAACCCAGGAGGAGGAAGAAGAGGAGGAAGAGGAGGAGGAAGGGGAAGAGGAAGGCCCGCUCCCUGCCUCCCACCCCCACCCCCCCUCCUCGCCCCGGCCGGCCGGCCAUGUAUCCCCAAGGGAGGCACCCGGCACCCCACCAGCCGGGUCAGCCGGGCUUCAAGUUCACAGUAGCCGAGUCCUGCGACCGCAUCAAGGACGAAUUCCAGUUCCUGCAGGCCCAGUACCACAGUCUGAAAGUGGAGUACGACAAGCUUGCCAACGAGAAGACGGAGAUGCAGCGCCAUUACGUGAUGUACUAUGAGAUGUCCUACGGCUUGAACAUCGAAAUGCACAAACAGACAGAGAUUGCAAAAAGACUGAACACGAUCCUCGCCCAGAUCAUGCCUUUCCUAUCCCAAGAGCACCAACAGCAAGUGGCUCAGGCUGUUGAGCGUGCCAAGCAGGUCACCAUGACGGAGCUGAACGCCAUCAUCGGGGUACGUGGAGUUCCCAAUCUGCCUCUCACCCAGCAGCAGCUCCAGGCCCAGCAUCUCUCGCAUGCGGCGCACGGACCUCCAGUCCAGCUCCCUCCACACCCCUCGGGCCUCCCUCCUCCGGGGAUGCCCCCCUCCGUGGCAGGCAGCGGCUCAGGGCUUUUGGCCUUGGGGGCCCUUGGUGGCCAGGCCCACCUGGCGGUUAAGGACGAGAAGAACCACCAUGACCUGGACCACCGAGAUCGGGACUCCAGUGCGAAUAACUCCAUCUCUCCAUCAGAGAGCUUGAGGCACAGUGAGAAGCACAGGAGCUCCUCUGACUAUGGCAUCGAGCCCAAGAAGCGCAAAGCUGAGGAGAAAGACAGCAUGAGCCGAUACGACAGUGAUGGAGACAAGAGCGACGACCUGGUGGUGGACGUCUCCAACGAAGAUCCUGCCACGCCCCGGGUGAGCCCUGCCCACUCGCCUCCUGAGAAUGGGAUGGACAAAGGACGGGGCCUGAAGAAGGAUGCUCCAAACAGCCCGGCCUCUGUUGCCUCGUCCAGCAGCACCCCCUCCUCCAAGACGAAAGACUUGGGCCACUCCUUUUUGGAGCAGAAUGACAAGUCGUCCACCCCGGGGCUGAAAUCCAACACUCCUACCCCGAGGAGCGACGCACCAACCCCCGGGACAAGUACCACUCCAGGCCUCCGACCGAUGCUGGGAAAGCCUCCCGGGAUGGACCCCUUGGCCUCUGCCCUGCGGGCGCCGAUCUCCAUUGCGGGCUCUUAUGCCACCCCUUUCGCUAUGAUGGGGCAUCACGAGAUGAACGGCUCCCUCGCCAGCCCUGGGGCCUACGCUAGCCUCCACAACAUCCCUCCCCAGAUGACUGCUGCUGCUGCUGCUGCCGCCGCUGCCUAUGGACGUUCCCCCAUGGUCAGCUUUGGAGCGGUCGGCUUUGACCCACAUCCGCCCAUGAGGGCCCCUGUCCUGCCCACCAGCCUGGCCUCCAUCCCUGGCGGCAAACCAGCGUAUUCCUUCCAUGUGAGUGCGGAUGGACAGAUGCAGCCAGUGCCCUUCCCUCAUGACGCGCUGGCCGGCCCUGGCAUCCCCCGCCACGCACGGCAGAUCAACACGCUCAGCCACGGGGAGGUGGUCUGCGCCGUGACCAUUAGCAACCCCACGCGGCACGUCUACACGGGGGGCAAGGGCUGCGUCAAGAUCUGGGACAUCAGUCAGCCGGGCACCAAGAGCCCCGUCUCCCAGCUAGACUGCUUGAAUCGGGAUAACUACAUCCGCUCCUGCAAGCUGCUGCCGGACGGCCGGACACUGAUUGUGGGUGGAGAGGCCAGCACGCUCACCAUCUGGGACCUGGCCUCCCCAACACCCCGCAUCAAGGCUGAGCUGACCUCCUCAGCCCCCGCCUGCUAUGCUUUGGCCAUCAGUCCCGAUGCCAAGGUCUGCUUCUCCUGCUGCAGCGAUGGCAACAUCGCCGUCUGGGAUCUCCACAACCAGACGCUGGUCAGGCAGUUCCAGGGCCACACAGAUGGGGCCAGCUGCAUCGACAUCUCCCACGAUGGGACCAAGCUCUGGACAGGGGGCCUCGACAACACAGUUCGUUCCUGGGACCUUCGGGAAGGGCGGCAACUCCAGCAGCAUGACUUCACUUCCCAGAUCUUCUCCCUGGGCUACUGUCCGACAGGCGAGUGGUUGGCGGUGGGCAUGGAGAGCAGCAACGUGGAGGUCCUGCACCACACCAAGCCCGACAAGUACCAGCUCCACCUCCACGAGAGCUGCGUCCUUUCACUGAAGUUUGCUUAUUGUGGGAAGUGGUUUGUGAGCACUGGGAAGGACAACCUGCUCAACGCGUGGAGGACUCCCUACGGAGCCAGCAUAUUCCAGUCGAAAGAAUCGUCCUCCGUCUUAAGCUGUGACAUUUCGGCCGACGACAAGUAUAUUGUGACCGGCUCCGGGGAUAAGAAGGCCACUGUUUACGAGGUCAUCUACUGAGCGGCUUUUCAGGGAAGGACGUCACGCUCCAGGCUGGAUGAGAUCCGGUCGAACGUCACAAGGGACUCCGGCCGAUGGACCCAAUGCAGGGGGCAGCUGAACGUCCCGUCAUGAUCCUGCCUUCGGAGUCAAUGCAACCAGAGUGGAUCUUGGAAUCAUCCGGGCAAAUUCGAGGCCUUACAGCUUGGUCCUGGAUGAUUUGCUAUGAGAGAAGUUUCACUUGGGAGACCUCGCCAAGAUGGCAUCUUUUAUGAUGCCUUCAGGAGGCGAACAACAUCCAUUGGCUUUUCGACAGAGAUGGUGAAGUUCUUGCCUCUCUGCCAGACUUUUGUGAAAUGUAAAUAGUGGAUGAGUUUUAAUACGGCGAGGGGCAGUGAUUUCGACUACGUAUUUUGGCUUUCCAUCUACCUUAUUUGGUCUGCUGUAAACUCCAUUGCAUUGGGGAUAUCAUUGGUGAUGGUGGACACCCAUCUUCCCUGUUGAGUUGGUGAUUUGAGUCCAUUGGCAUUGAUGAUUCGUUGGCAAUCGACAUCUUCUCAUUUGGUUCAUUGACGAUGACCAUCUUCUCGUUUUUCCAUUGGUGAUGGCCAACUUCUCAUUUGGUCCAUUGAUGAUGGUUAUCUUCUCAUUUGGUCCAUUGACGAUGGCCAUCUUCCUGUUUGGUCUAUUGAUGAUGGCCAUUCUCUUUUCCAUGGAUGUCUUUGAGGUACUCCACCACGAAAGCUGUUCCUCCAGGGAUCUGAAUCUACCGUCAUCCACACAAACAGCCCCUUGUUUUGAUCCAUUGAUGAUGGCCAUCUUCCUGUUUGGUCCAUUGGUGAUGGCCUCCUUUUUUCCAUGGAUGUCUUUGAGGUUCUCCAUCAUGAAAGCUGUUCCUCCAAGGAGUUGAAUCUACCAUCAUCCAUACAAGCGGCCCCUUAUUUUGUGCUGGAACGGGUUUUGGAGGAUAUUGGUUGGAUCUUCCUGCUUUUUGGUAGCAACUUCAACCAAACUCUUGUGUCCUUUUUCUUCUCUGGAUUUCUCUCUCUCGUUUUUGGUUUGUUUUUCAAGAAGCACUUGUGGGUUUGGAGCAAACAAGGAUAUCUCGUGGGCUUUCCAUCAAUGGAGAAUCUCUUUUUUUGUUUUGUUUUUUCCUCCAAGAAAGCAACAGUUAAACAAUACGCUCAGGGAGCCAAGGGAAAAUAAAGAAAAUCGCAACUGACGUGGGAUUUUUUUUAACUCCAAUGAAAAUUAAUCUAAUAGAGAUGAUAAUGUUUUAAAUACAGGUUGUUUUUUGUUUUUUUUUAAGUUUACUAACAAACGUGGUUUCUGUGGGGAGGGGGCCACAACAGUGUUGGUUUCUGGUGGCUUUUGCUGGUCUUUGGGGAAAUUUGGGGAGAAAGGAGGGCGGGAGACCCGUCUUGGUGCAGUUUUUGUACUCAAAGGCGUCCACAAAAUCUAAACCAUGGGAAAUUGGCGUAUUUGUGUAGCAGAAGAUCUCGCCCUGUAAUGUAGCAGAUGGAAGUGAAUUUUUAUACCACAUUUUUUAUGGAUUAUUUUUUAAUUUUUGAUUUUGAUCUGGUUUAAAAAAAAAGAGGAGGAGGAGAAGAAGAAGUAACUAUGGAUUUAAAAAGGUGAAAAGAAAGAAAGAAAGGAAAACUACCUGUUUUUAUUAAAGGUCAUGCUGGUGCAUAAAGGAAAA